AUGAUGGUGGAUAAGAAUCAGAGAUAUCGAUUCAGUCUGGUUGUGAAUGAAAUAAAAAAUAUUGAAUUAACAGCGUACAAGACAACCUUAAUGGCAUUUAUCAACAGUUUAAUCAUAGCAACUGACGACAUCAUUGAAAGAAGGCGAUUGCGUAAUGAAUUCAUUGGACUUGGCUUGCUGGAUAUUAUUGCCUCACUCAGGCAUGAAGAUGACACUGAUCUUUGUAUACAGUUAGAUGUAUUUGAUGAACAUCAAACAGAUGAUGAAGAUGAUGAUGAGAUUGGUCACGGUAUGGAUAUUAACAGUCACUUUGAUGUUUUUCAUGCUGUCUUUACUAUGGUGAGUGAUUCUCCCCAUGGCAUGACCCUGCUCUCCAUUCUUCAGUGUAUGCUUCAGCUGGAGCCUGACAAUCCAUUGUCAGACGUUAUCUGGGGAACAAUGGAAUUAUUUUUGAGACGAGCAGUCGUAAUGGAAAACAAAUCACAAGUUGAGAAACUAUUGAAUCUGAAUGGUGAGCAAAUAAUCACCGCUAAUUACCAGACAAAAUCACCAUGCAGUAGGAUGUAUGAAAACGAUCUCCAAACAAUCAAGAGUGACGAUUUUGUACCAGCAAGGCAACCAUAUGUGAAAGUUGGCCAACAAGAACAAUUGAAUCAAAACUAUGUGAUUGAAUCUGAAUCACUUCAAUCUACCUUGCCACCAUCUUUAACAAAGUCAUUCCCUCAGGUUUCACCUUCUCUACAAAGCCAUUCACUUCCACUAUCUGAUCAAUGUUCAUCACCAUCACACCAUGAAUUACCAGGCCAAUCUGUACCACCACAACUUUCUCCUUCAUCGCCAGGCCAAUCUGUACCUCCACCACUUCCUUUGUUGCCAGGCCAAUCUGUACCAGCACCUUCUCCUCCACCUCCUUUGUUGCCAGGUCAAUCUCUACCAUCACCUUCUCCUCCACCUCCUUCAUUGUCAGGCCAAUUUGUAUCACCACCUACUCCACCUCUUUCAUUGCCAGGCCAAUCUCCACCACCUUUAUUGCCAAGCCAAUCUCCACCUCCUUUAAUGCCAGGCCAAUCUCUACCUUCCUUAUUGUCAGGCGAAUCUCCCCCACCUUCUUCUCCACCUCCUUCAUUACAAGGCCAGUCUGUACCACCACCUUCUCCUCCAUCUCAUUCAUUGCCAAGCCAAUCUCCACCUCCUUCUACUUCUCCUUCAUUACCAGGCCAAUCUGUACCACCACAUUUUCCUCCAACUCCUUCAAUUCCAAGCCAAUCUUCACCCCCUACUUUGCCAGGAAAAUCUGUACUACCACCUUCUCCGCCACCACCUUUGUUGCUAAUCCAAUAUCCACCUCCUUCAUUGCCAUGUCAAUCUCCACUUGCUCUUCCACCUCAGUCAUUGCCAGGCAAAACACCGCCUUCUUCUCCACCUCCUUUGUUGCCAGGCAAAUCUCUACCUCCUACAUUGCCAGGCCAAUCUCCACCACCUUCUCAACCUGCUUCAUUGCCAGGUGAAUCUCUACCUUAUUCAAUGCCGAGCCAAUCUGUACCACCACCUUCUUCUCCACCUCCUUCAUUGCCAGGCCAAUCUCUACCUUCUUCAUUGCCAGGCCAAUCUCUACCACCACCUUAUCUACCUUCUUCAUUACCAGAUGAAUCUUCACCUCCUUCAUUGCCAGGCCAAUCACGGCUUUCUUCUCCACCUCCUUUGUUGCCAGGCGAAUCUUUACCUCUUUCAUUGCCAGACCAAUCUUCACCACUGCUUCAUUGCAAGGUGAAUCUUCAUCUACUUCAUUGCAAAGUGAAUCUCCACUGCUUCAUUGCAACGUGA